UUUACUUCACAGACUUCCCUCAGAGGCAGAUAGCACGCAGAGACAAAACAAAUAUGUUAGAAAACAGGGAAAGCAACAGGAGGGAAUCCAUUUUCUAGAGGUAACCAGACAAACAAGGCAGACUCUGAAGCUGUAAAAAUAGUUGCGCCUACUUUAAGGAUUUUUUUUUUCCCCUCUCAUCAAGAGUUUCAAGAUAUAUAGUCAUGGUGUCCUGUACUGUCCUCAUCCUGGGUCCUCUUUGCAUCCAUGGUAUAAUUCAAGCUUGCAUGGGUGAGGAGCUGUCCCGUGGGGCUGUGCUAUCCUGGUUCAAAGUACGGGUUCUGGAAGGUCUCGGGCUCGAAGAACCCCCUCUGAGCACGCUGCAAGGUCCCGAUGCAGACAGGGUACCUCCUGAUACGAGGCACCUGCACCAGAGGGCCCACAGGACAAGCAGAACAUCUUGGGUUAAUCCUCAAACCCGUCCGAACCAGGAAUCAUCGCAAAUAAUUCUGUUCCCGGGUUCAGACUGCACCAAAUCGGACUCAGCUCAGGGAGAAACUACAAACAGACAUAUGACAUAUUACUUCCAGCCCUCCAUCAACAGCCAGGACACUGUAGUCACAUCAGCCCACUUCUGGUUCUUUGCAGGCGAAGCAGUCACAGCUAACUCCUCCGCCCAGCUUUUCAUUGUAACCACAGCACUAGAACGACUCCAGGCAGCGGAGGCUCCAUCAAAUUCAAGCUCUGAUGGAUGGACCACCUACCAUCUGGAUCAGAACCUGCUGGCCCUUGUCGCCGAAGGCCCCUUUCUUCUUCAGGUCCACUGUCCAGCCUGUCAGUGCCACGCGGGAGAACCAGACAAGAUACCCUUUCUUCACCUCCAUGUUCAACCUCGUGGACCUUCCCGGUCACCCCGCAAUGCAGCAGUGACCAUUCCUUGGUCUCCCUCUGCCAUCUAUCUUCUGCAGCGGCCCUCUCAGGAAAGGCCUCUACACAGCGACUGCCACCGAGCAGAGAUCGACAUCAGCUUUGAGGAGCUGGGGUGGGACAACUGGAUCGUCCAUCCGAAAGUGCUGACGUUUUACUACUGUCACGGAAACUGCUCGGGUGGGGAUCUAACCACUGCAAUGUUGGGGAUCACUCAGUGUUGCGCUCCCGUCCCGGGGACCAUGAGGUCCCUGAGGAUCACCACAACAUCUGAUGGUGGAUACUCAUUCAAGUAUGAGACCUUGCCUAACAUUAUACCUGAAGAGUGUACAUGUAUCUAAACAUCAGACCUUAAAGGCCAGUUCACCCAAAUAAAAGAUUUCAGUUUACUUACAAGUCACAGUUGAAAUUUGAUUACUGCCCUUAUUAAACUUGAUUUUGUCUUAUUCACUUACAAUUCUGUCCUGAUUGUUCUCUAGUUUGGGUGUGUGCUACAUAAGCAUCAAAACAGAUUGUACUUUAUAUGUUAACCUUGAUUAAAGUGUUAUUUAGCGGGU